AUGGCGCUCAGAACAUUCACUGGCCUCUUCUCUCUUUGUGCAGUACUCGGUCUCUACUUUGCGGUACGAAACGCUGGCGACUCCCUCUCCCCUCAAGGAUGUCGAAUGUCGUGGAUGUCACCUUCGUAUGUCUUGCAAACGGGCAUGAACGAUACAUGGAGCCCGUUGGCAAGUCGGUAUAGCCUCUGGUUGUACAGGGAAGUUGGCUGGGAUUCAGCAGUGAUUGGAAACAGUCUUCCUGUGCUGUUCAUCCCUGGAAACGCAGGGUCGUCUCACCAAGUCAGGUCCAUUGCAUCAUCUGCCGCUCGACAGUACUACGGUUCCCCACGCCAUAUUUCGCAAGAGUUCGCUUCCCGGGUCGACGUUCAUAGACCAUUAGAUGUUUACGCUGUUGAAUUCAAUGAAGACCUCACCGCAUUCCAUGGAACGACACUUCAAUCUCAAAUUCAAUAUACUACGAGGGCUAUAUCAUACAUCCUUUCACACUACCCGCCAGGUACACGGAUACUAGUCCUGGGUCACUCUAUGGGUGGAAUUGUCGCAACAUCGCUCCUCCCUUCCUCACAGAUAUCAGCAAUCAUUGCUAUGGCCACUCCCUUUGCGCUUCCCCCAGCGAGGUUCGACCCCAGUAUCGACUCGGUCUACACCAAUCUUCACAAAAUCCUCGCCGACGACCCGACGCCCAUCCUGUCUAUCUGUGGCGGGGCUACAGACAAGAUGAUCCCAUCCGAGUCUUGCAUCCUUCCUCACACCAACGGAAGCGGCUUCCGAAGAACCGUGUUCACCUCUGCUUUGGAAGGCUCUUGGACUGGCGUUGGACAUGAAGCUAUCGUGUGGUGUCACCAAGCUCGCUGGCGAGUUGCUCGGGCGGCGUUAGAGUUGUCACCGUAUAGAUCGACGGGUGAAGUAGUCAAGGCUUUGGAUAGGUGGCUCAGAGAUGGACACACGCUACCUCCUGACGGCGGGCCAGACCAGGAGUUGACUCUGGAAGAGGUCGAGAACGCACAGGAGACUCGAAAAGGGACCAAGCUGCAGUUGACGAGCCCAACUUCAUCUACAGCUGGGACUUAUCGACUGGAGGUGCCUCGGUCGACAUCCAGCGAUAUAAAAUCUAGUUUGAUUGUUUUGCUGUCACAGGGCUCUGUCAAUGGCCUUGGUCCACAACGCCCUAUUCCAUUGCGUGCAUCCAUCUAUGGAUGCGUCAAGGACAAUGACAGCUGCACGCCACUUCCACCUACUGUCCUCAAGCUCCUUCCAAGUCCUAUACCUGGCAAGCCCUUCCCGGUGCCGAAGGAGGGUUCUGACGAGUCCACUGGCGUUGUAGUCUUCGAAGCGGAUCUGUCCUCCGCAGAGUUGGAAUAUGUGAUCAUCAAAGUUGAGAAUGCCGAUGGGAGAGGAUGGUUGUUGGCGUCCAUCGAGGAAGCCUCUAUCGUUAGCACCGACGGAGGGAUGAUCUCAUUGCUUGUCGAUGGCUUAACGACCCCGGUUCCGAAAUCGACAUCUUUGAGGCUGGAGUUCCGGUACCCUGCCCUGGUAUCAAACGCCCUCGUUGCUUAUAGGGUAACCGCGGUGGGAAAGCAAGAACCCAGGUGUUCCAAUAUUUUGUUCCCGCCGCUUCUCGUCCAUGGCUCGAAUCCCGAUGAAACACACUAUUUCCCUCUUCGUAAUCGGGGUCAACCACGGACGAUCCUUCAUACGCAUUCUCCGGCCCCGUUUAUUCCAACCCCUGGUCUCCCUGAUCGCGGGAUUGGAUUCUCCAUUUAUUCGUCGGGACUGCUGGGAUGCGACCACGCUACUGAAGGAAUCCAUAUUGCCGUCGACUUGCCUAUGACCAUGGCCAGUCUAGGAAAUAUUGCGGGUGUUUCUGUGGCAUUGGAACGGUACACCAGACUACUGCCUCGGCUUUUGCUUAUCACGUUUGCUAUGUCGUUCAUUCCCUUCGCAAAAACGCGGUACCUCGGGAAUGGGGGAGAUCCUUGGUUCUCUGUCAUAGCGCCGUUGAUUCUGAUGAUCUCGAGCGGCCUGGUCGUUGUCUCUUGGUUGCUCUUGUCACUGAUAAAAUUCGGACUGCGAAAGAUAAUGUCUUUCGCUUCAACUCGGGGACGGAAAAAGACCGAUGCUUCCAGUGUGUCUAAAAAUACUCUGGUGUCCAUCGGCCUUCUAUUCUUGGCUAUAUUUCUUUUCAUACCAUGGCAGGUCGCAUUCCUCGGCUGCUGGGUGUUCCAUCUCAGUACCUGUGCGGCAUCACACGCGUGGCCUGAGGCAGAAAGCCUUCCUCGGGGACCAGAUGGCAACCACCAUGGUAGCGAUGACAGGAGGGAAAAAACCGAGGAAAUGAAGAACGGGAGGCAAAAUAACGCGAACCUUAAUGACCAUUUCCUGCUUCUUAUGACCUGGCUGCUGCCGUUGGUGGCCCCCAUUUUGGCGGUUUGGGUCCGAACCUUGGCAACUGCUGGGUUGACCACCCCCUUUAAUGGUGACCACAACUUCCUGAACGUGGCGCCUUUCCUGAUCCUGGUUGACUUUGCUUCGUGGACACCUACAAGGAUGUUUGAACCCGCCCCAUUUGAGCGCUGGGUAUCCGCUCGAUGGCUAUUUGCCCUCAUAGCCACUGCAGCUUUCUUCUUUGGCUCGCGGAACCCAUAUUUCGUCUUCUGGGCUGUAGCUCUAGUUAUAACACUAAUCGCCCAUUUCGGAAUCACCCGUUAUGCCAUUAUUGGGCUCCACGGAGCUGAGCCGCUUUGGCAAAACCAUCCAGUGUUCAGUGCUCUCGUUGCAGACAAUUGA